GGGUUGCGAGGAGGGGAGGCCAUGAUGGCGGGCGAGGGGCUUGAGGCAGGGUGCUCUGCCGGCAGGCUGCCUGCAGGGCAUUUGUUGAUUUAUAGGCUGCGGUGGAAGGUGUAUUAGGCUGAGUGCAAGUAGGACCCACAGACAGGACCAGCUCCCAGGAGACUAAAUCAAGUCUGGACCUGCUCUAAUCCUGCUUAGUGAAGUCAGCUCCAGCUACAUGGACAGCUGAGUGAAGAGCUUCAGCUGCAGAAUGAAUGGAAAUACUGGAUUGAGUGGCUGUGGUGCAGAUGGCAAACGUUAACACAGACAAGUUGUAUUGUUCAAGAUUCUGCUGGAAGUUGCUCAGGUGCUGUGGAUGUGAUCUGCCUCAGGAUGAAUCGUCUCAUGUCACCAUGGAGAAGCUGAGACAGAUCACGCUUCAACCAAAAGAAAAACAUGUCAUUAAAAGUGUGCAAUGCUGUUAAUCUUAAAGGUGGGCCUGGUAAAAAGGAGUCAAACUGAGGGUCAAGAAGUACACUACAGUUCUGAGAUAACCCUACUGGAGACUCGUCUUAAGACAAGAAGAUGAUUUAGCCACCACCAUAUGUCUGAGAGGGAUUGUGCUAAACAAUGGGCUGAAAGUCUCAUUAGAAGAGAGAGUUACAGUGUGUCACAGAUCAUCUGAUGGGAUCGGGGAACUGGAAGGAAGAGUUUCCACAAGAAUGGAUACUGUUUUGUGAAAUCUUCCAGCUUGGUUAAAACAGCUUCUUCCCCUGGCUUUCCCCAGGGUGAUCUUACCCUCCUCUGAAAACUGCACUGACAUGCUAAGGAGUGCUGAGCCUCCUGUGGUAACGUGGCUGUGUCCCUGGCCUGGGACAGGAUGGAAUCUGGAAAGUGCAGGAAAACCUGCAACAGGCCAAAUUGCUGUUCCCAGCUUUCAGUGCUACAAAGUGGUGAAACUGGAUGUGGCAUCUCAUCGAAAAGACCUUCUUGUAGGUACCAUACCUAGCACUCUUGGAUCUGUGCUCAUGGCUCAUAGCUGGUAAGGGAUGAACACAAAUGGCAGGUACUGGAUGCUUCUGCUCAGCCACCCUGUGGACAGACCUAAGAAAAGUACCGAUCUGUUUACAGAUGAAAGUUCCUCUUUGCCUUUGUGAGCUCUGGUUUCUCUCCCCAUAAUGGGGGUGCUCUGCACACUCUUUAGAUCUCUCCUGUUCUUGCGUUUCACCUCCCGAUGUCCUGGGGAAGAGCCGUAGGUCUGGCUGCAGAUGGCAAACCCCUGCUGUGCCACACGCUCUUUGUUGCUUUCUUGGUUGACUCUUAUAUGGACCCGCAGUUUGUCCAGCAGCAUGUCCAGGGCUCCCCAGCAACAACUUAUGUGACCCUCUGUCAUGGACAGUCUGCCUGCAAUGUCAAAUUUCCAAAAGGUGCAAGAUGCUGAAAGCUUUGGUAUUUGAAACCUGAUUGAAGGAUCCCCAUCCAUCUCAAGGACACCUCAUUUGGAUAUCCUGGAGAAGAGGCUUCUUGCUUUGAACUAGGAGUCUGUGAAUCUAUUUACAAAAUGAUGCAUUUCAAGUUUAUAUAGAUUUGGGUACCUUAGGAUAGGUCUUGAUGAGAGUCAGUUUCACACUGGGCAUCCUAUGCGCUUCUGAGUCAGACAAACUACAUUUAUGAAUUGACGUUGCACUAGUUCCAAAAUCGGUGAUAAACUUAAGUGAGGUAAGAAAACUGGGAGUGUGGAGAGAGCUGGGGUUUGGGUUACGUGGUGUUGGUGUGAGUCAACACUGGCUAUUCUCGGUGUUGCCACAAACACAUGAGUUAUAGGUGGGCAUGCUGGGGCAAGCCUAAGCCUAGGACAUAACGGAUUUAUGGAAAAACUUGUCUUGAAAAGUAUUAAAGUGACGAAACAAAGAUUUUUCAAAUCUGAGGAUGCAAAAUUACUCUGCUGCAUCCCGAGAAAUUGAGAGAGUUACUGUGGGUACUUUCUUAGGGACUUGGGGGAUCAGAUCCAAGGGUCAGUGAAAAGAAGUCUGAAAUGGUGGAAUAUAAUUUAAUAUCCAUUCCUUGUUAGAAUCUGCAGCAGGUGUCAUUUUUAUUCUUGCAGAUUAUGCUUGCCAAGUUUUUGUUGCUGAAGUGCUUACAGACUGACAGUUAGCUUGAGGAGAACACAAGUUCAGUCAAAAUCAGGACAUCCCCCUGACUGCUGAUGCAGAGGUCUGGGGAGAUCAUGGGGAACAGCACUGUGUGUGAUUCAGCUGAAGGAGCAGGUUUGUCACCCAUUCCUCAGCUCCUGCAGCAUGCAGUUACUGCAUAAAGACCCCUUAAAACUAAAUGUGAUCUCUUCAAUAAGAACGUUGUUUAGUUUUUAAAAUAGAGCAGCCUGCAGGAAUUGGAAAGCCAAUAAAGUUAUGUCCUAGGAUCUUUGCAGCAAGGAAAUAAAUGAAGGUUUGUUGAGGGAAAGGCCACUUCUGGUGAUAGGGAGACAGGGAUCUCUAGGAUUACAAUUCUGCAGCCAUUGGAUAAUAACAUUCCUGCUCAGGGGUCUUGUUGCUGUCAUGCUUGUGAGUGCUAAUGAGUUGCUACAGUGGGUGCUGAUGCAAGAGCCCAUAUGGCACUUGGGUGCACAUGCUGGGCACCUUGGCAUGAGGCCAGCGUGCCAUGAGCAGCCCUGAGCACCUCAGCAAGGAAAGAUUCUUCAAGGAAAUAAGACAGAUGGCCAUGCUAUGGGACUUGCCUGCACCAGUCCUAGCCUUAUCCUACUGUAGGGCUGCAUUUUUUGAUUUCAGCUAUCCUGAUUCAUCUGCCCUGAGCGGAGAGCUCUGUGUUUCAGUUGAUUGACCUCGCUGAGCCUGGAGCAGAGUUCUCAGUUCAACAUACCUGUGAUCUGAAAAUGACCUGGCUGGCCAGCAGAGGAGCUGCCAUGUAUUUCUCUUUGGGGUUUCCCAGGUGGAGACGACUGAGGUAAGCAGAAAUUUUAAGAAAAGGGCCAAACAUUUCAAGCUCCACUGAAGCAAAAUUUCCUGAUGACAGACAUUUCUUCAGUAACUGGAGGAAGGUGGUCCUAGAGUAGCUCAGUUCUGGGAGCACAGCUUUAUUUUUGUUGCAUCCUGUAAAUGCCAAACACAUCCUGUGCAGGGCAGGGAGAGAAUGCACCUAUUCACUGCUCUCAUCCUGCUUACUCCAGGCAGCCUCGCUUCAGGCUCAGUGUUUCCUACUGUAUCCUAGGAAUGACAAGCAUUAACAAAUAACACACGUUUAUUUGUACUGCUAAACAUUUGUGUUCUCAAGCACUUGUAGGUGUGUCCAGUGCUCUAAAUCCAUCCUGUAAUUUCAGAUGUAGUUUUGAGAAGCCAGAGACACACCCUGGUUUGCUCAGUGAAAAGCAGCCCUCUACAAUAGAUUGAUCAUAGCCCUGCACACUAAGCGCCCAGUGACUAGCGACUUGGAGGUGAUUCCUUGCAUGUGUAGGCACUCUGAAGACCUUUGCCGAAAUGUCGCCUUCACUCCCAGGGCUGGGCUUUCUCCUUUUGGUUGGUUGGCAGGUAGCUGCUGCAACUUCUGGGACGUAUCUGUGCUCCAGCUCCCCUGUCAAUGUGUCAGCCAAGAGAUGCUUCUUGAGAUAGCCCGUGGCCACGCCUCCCCCUGCAGCCUCACUUUUGGUCAAUAUGCCUGUGCACAGAGUGCUUGGCUCCAGGACCUUCAGGAUAAUUUCCUCAUAUCCUUAUAUUCUUGCCUUACCCCUAAACCUGCCAGUGCUAUGGAUCCAGAAUACUCCGUUCUGUUCUUUUCCAAAUAUGAUGCCAAGAAGCUUGUAGCUGCUCUGACUAUGUUCAGCCAGCGGUUUUCUCAUGUGCCUCUUUCUCUCGAGUGGAACAUGAUCUUCAUUAAUGGCCUAUGGGAGAAGAUGUUGCAAGUACCUGAUAUUGACAGCCCACCCGUUUUGUCUCAGUGGGUCCAUGAGGGGCUUCAGCCAUUCCUGGUCGAGCCCAAGGUCUUUGCUUGCCUCCAUGCCAAAAAUGUGUUGUGCGAGACGUUUCAGAUGAUAGUCGCUGCCCUGAAUGGCAUAUAUUCUGACCUUCCAGUGGAGGAACAGAGGAAUCUUUACGCUGGGAUCAAAUACUAUCUCAUCCAGGAUGGAUCAAACCAGAAAUGCUACAGUGCAGCUGUUCCAGGUCUUAAUUCCACUGCUUGGUUUGAAAAUUAUCUUGGAUCCUUUUUGGAGCAUGCUACUGUUGGAGACCUGCAGCUUUUUGGUGAUGAACCAACACUUCAAAAAUUUGCCAGGGAUCCAGUCAAUAUACAGAUGAUCGGCAACCUCACCUUGCUCCGGGAGACAGCUGUGUACUAUACCUCACUUCUGACCUCUGGGCCUGGUUUCUCCUUGCCAAGUCUCCCAGACAGAUUUGUUUGCUACCUGAGCCCCUCAGCAGUGAGCAACCUGAGCAGAGAUGACGCUUUGAGCUUGGCCCAGAGGAUCAGUGAGAACUGCCCAUUGAACCUGAAACACAGAGGAAUAACUAGAGAGAGAGCUCCCUCCUCCCUGACAACAGAGGAACUGCAGGUUGCAUCCUCUUUGGUGAGAAAGUUUGAGCAUUUCCCUUCUGCGAUCCUGCGUGCAUUGGGCCAGGCUGCAGUUGGGCUGUCCAUAUCUGACAUUGAAAACAGCAUCAGUGAUAAAGACCUUGAAGCAUCUAUUCCUGCCCUGGGUGAAGUUCGUGGCUGGAACACUGAGCAGUCCAGCGCUAUUAUCAACAAACUGCUCAGCUCUGGCUAUCAGAUCCGGGAUGGACAGAGCCUGGCGAAGCUAGGGAGCUUGGUGGCUGGCAUCAACAGCAGCACACUUCGAAGUCUGUCUCCAGAAGUGGUCUUGGAAGCCGUUAAGUUGCCUGAGUUUGUUCAGCAAAUGGUGACCCUGCCCUCUGUUCUGAAAAUGACAUUUGUGGAAAAGAUUUCCUCCAGUGUAGGCCACCCUGCUGACCUGGUUAAAUGUAUUCCUGAUGCUCUGGCCAGUUACAUUCCAAAAUCAUUGCUUGUUUUUGGGGAAGAGAAGCCCAAUAUUCAGGAUCUCAACAGUAAAAUGUGGACCCGAGAACAGGCUGCCAUAUUUUUCAGUGAUGUGAUAAAGACAGAGCCUGACUUCAGCAGGCUUUCCCAGUCAGUCCUCCAAGGCUUCACAUGUGCAGCUGCCAAUGAGAUGGAAGCAGAAAGAUUUCAGGAGCUGGCCAAAGUCAUGAAGAAGAAGAAUGUCAAGCUAGGAGAAGACCAGCUGAGUUGCUUAGUGAAGAUGGUGACACUGCAUGGGAUUCCCCAGGAUUUAGAUAACUAUCCUAAAGACCUUUUGCUUUUUUUAAGUCCUUCAGACUAUGCAGCAACAGGAAGCUGUAGGCAGUACUUUGCUAAUAUUGGGAAAGCAAAUCUUGAUGUUCUGCAAAGAGAGUCAUCUCAGCGGAAACAGCUGCUCUUGGAGGCUUUAGCAUGUUUGAAAAUUCCUGGCACACAAGUAAACGAGGAAAAUGCAGAGAUUCUAGGGCAUCUGGUCUGUGACCUGGGCGGAGAAUACAUUAGAAGUUCUGGUGGGAAUUUGCUGAAGCAAUUAAGUCAGUGUGAAUCUUUCCUGCCUGAUCAAGAAGAGGCUAUUAGAAGUGUCGUCAGCAGUGGUAACACUACGUUUGGGCCUCCUGUAGCGUGGUCAGCUUUUACCUUGAAUGAGCUCAGUGGAUUGAUUCCUGUAUUUGAUCACAGCAUCUUGCAGAAGAUCCCCAAGAAUGUUUUAAUUCUUUGGCUGAAAAACUAUGCACGCAGUUCACCUCUGUCAAGGGAACAGCUGGCCACCAUUGUUGAAGAACUCCUACCUACUAGGCAUAAGCGUGCUGAUGGUUGCCCACCUCAAAAGCAGAUAACAGAGAAGGUUCUUAACGAUGACUUGAUGCCUGUUUACUACCCACCUAAGGAGUUACGUGCUUGCCUGAAGAACGUCUCUCUGGAGAAUCACCUCUCUCAGGUGGUGACCUAUGCCUUCAGUGUUCAGCAAUUAGCUGAGCUGAAGAGAAAUCUGGAUGAGACAUAUCCUGAUGGGUAUCCUGAGAGUCUGCUCCCCAAACUGGGUCCCCUCAUUUCUUUCAUCAUCCCUGAGGAUGUUUCCAAAUGGAAGAUAACUUCAGCUGACACACUGGCUGCCUUGCUAAAAGAUCAGCCCCCUGAUGAUCAGGCUUCUGCGGUGAUUAAACGAUAUGUUGACUUGGGAAAUGACUUAAAUGCCACUGCACUGAAUGCAAUUGGUACGAGAUAUGUGUGCCUUCUAAACGCAACCGAGUUGAAUAUAAUAGACUCCAACAGCUUGAAACUGGCAUCUCUGAAUCCUUCAGCCUGUACACAGCUUACGAAAAACAUCUUAUAUGCUAAAGCAAAACAGGCUUUCUCAGACCAGAAGUAUUUACCUGCUUACUAUGACCUUGUUGAACCAUACCUAGGGGGUGCUCCUGGUGUGGAUCUCAGAGCUCUAAGCAAGGGCGAUGUGAACAUGAACAUUAGUACUUUUGCGAAGUUAAGAAGAGAUUCUUUGCUGAGCCUGACACCUUCUGAGGUUCAGGGCUUGCUGGGGAUUAAUCUCCAUGAUCUGCAGAAAUGGCAGAACAAGUCUCCCAUCCGGGAGUGGGUUCAAACACAGAAACAAUCAGAACUGGAUAAACUGCAUGUUGGGCUCACUGGGGGGAUACAAGAAGGCUACAUGAACAUCGUCACACCCAAAUUUCCGUCACCAUCCGCAGCCUCUCUGGAUGCUGUGGCCAUGACACUUCACCUCCUGCCUGCUCUGCUUAUCAGUUUCCUGAUGACGUCAGUCUUGUCUUGAAAAUCUUCUCUCAAGAAAAAGCAAGAUGAGGGGGACCAGCCUGUGACCUGCCCUGAGGCCUGUCAGGGAGAGCCAUGCCUGGGGGGUGAGGGGGUGCUCACUGCUAGCAGGCAGCCCAGGGUUCACUUUUAGGUACUUUUGUCUUUCAAAUCACUCGAAAAAAAACCAGAGCUCUGUCUGAAGGGAAGAUUUCAGACUCUUCAGAGCAGGAUCUUUGCCUUUUGUACAGACUAAGCCCGGGUGAGCCCCAGCCAUAUUACUGCAACACAAAUGAUGUCAAUAUUUUACUGCGCAACCCUGAUGGGUUUAAGGGUGCGCAGAUUGGCUGUUCUGCAUGUUAAUGAUUACAUUUCUCAAAGAGCCUGAUCUCUUGGCACUGUCAAGACCUCUGAGUGGGAGUGAAGUUUUCCAGCUGAUUGUAAAUAAACAAUGGAACUAAGUAAAAAGAAGCAAAUUGAUGAGUUGCUCUUGUCUUCUCUUCAUUCAGACUGCCUGCGCCUUCGUAUCUGCAGGUAUCGGUCCAAAUUAAAUGG